UUUAGCAACCAGGAAAUGACAGGGCGAUUUCCACUAGAUAACCCAGCCACAAAGCCAAAACAGCUUUCCCAGAAUGACAACAGAUACCGCUCAAGUCGGAGAAAUCAAGAGCAAUAUCACAGCCAAUCACAACACUGGCGGGAACUUGAUGAAAUCCGCAAGUCUGGAAUGAAAAAUUUUCGUAACAUUCAAGUGGAUGAAUCAAAUAUUUUGACUUGGCAAGGCCUCAUUGUUCCAGACAACCCUCCAUACGAUAAAGGUGCUUUCAGAAUCGAGAUCAUCUUCCCAGCAGAGUACCCCUUCAAGCCCCCCAAGAUCACGUUCAAGACCAAGAUCUACCACCCCAACAUCGACGAGAAGGGACAGGUGUGUCUGCCUGUGAUCAGCGCAGAGAACUGGAAACCAGCCACUAAAACUGACCAAGUGAUCCAGUCCCUGAUUGCGCUGGUCAACGACCCCCAGCCAGAGCAUCCUCUCAGGGCAGACCUAGCAGAGGAAUACUCUAAGGACCGUAAAAAAUUCUUUAAGAACGCAGAAGAGUUUACAAAGAAACAUGGAGAAAAACGACCUGUGGACUGAGAACGCAAACGUGUGACUCCCUCUUCCUAUUCCCGGCCUCCUCUAUCUACUCUACCCCCCCCCCCCCCUUCCAAAACCCCCCUACACCCCUCUCUGCUCUUACCCAAUCUCCUGAAAAUGCCCCCACACACGUACACACAUCCUUCUAGUCCCCCUCCUCCUGGGGCAAUAUAUCUCAGCUCCACUUCUCCCUGGCAACAGGACUGUGUCGUGAAUCAGGCAGGUUGGUCACCUCUGGGUGUCAGCUUGUGGCUGUUACUAACUUUCUACUGAUUUCUUAAAUUAUAAAAAUGCCGGAAUUAAGCCCAAGAGAGCAACUUGUUAAAGAGGGAACAAAAAAAAUACAAUGGAAAGAAAGAUCUAGAUGGAAAUGUUAUGCUCAAUUUGUUCAUGAUUUGUACACAGAAGUGCUGGUGCAGACCUCUGUAUAAAGAUCAUGAAGUGUUUUGAAAACUAUUUGGUAAAUGCUCAACUUGUGGUCUGAUUGUUAACCCUUUUCAUCUCACUCCUUUCCCUCACUAAAAUAUGUAACAGAAAAAAUCAACCCCAAAACCAACAAAAUGAUAAAAAAAACACUUAAAGCAUCAAGGUUCAGGUGUGUGGCGAAAUGUUUAUUUUAUAUUUCUUUUUCUUUUUUUUGCCUAUGUUGCACUUUACUCUGUGGAACUAGCUUUUAAGUUUACCAUAACUUCAGUUUGUCACCAAUUCAAUGGUCCAGAUGUUAUAAAAGGGGAAAAAAAGUUUGA